AUGGAUUGGGAGCGAAUGUGCCGAAUCAUCGGAGAUAUUCUCAUGGCUGGCCGUCAGGCGACGUCCUGUUCUCUAAUGAUGACUCUAUCUUCAAUGUCAUCGGCUCUGCCAUCGAUUCUACGACAAAAUUUAAACCACUAUCGGUUGGAUGUUGCCACGAGCGUUCAGCUGACGACAUACUACCACUUGCUGAUUGUAAAUAAAUUAAAAUCUUCAAAACUUCUUCAUCGAUUCCUGGGUAAUAUGUAUUUCUCUUCCGCUGUCUUUUUACUUCGACUCUCAAUAUUUCACUGUAUACGAUACUAUUUGUUUCGGCACAGUUCAUCGCCAAAAACGUCAGUUCAGCCACCGCUGUCGCCGAUGACAACGACGACGUCGACGACCACUGAGAAUCAAAUCGAUUCGCAAGUACCAUCAAGAGCGGCAGUCUUAUCCUGUAAGGUACCACCGCAGCCUGCAAAUGGGCAAUGGAAGCUUCAUCCAUCGAUCUGCGAGGGUGUCACAGAUUGCACAGUACCUCAGGGCACUGCACUGCGACCCGGAGAUCAGCUGGUGCACAGUUGCAUGCCUGGAUUCCGAAUCAAUGGAAGUCCUGAUGUCUACUGCAGACGGCAGGGAUUCUGGUCACCGAUUUCCACAUGCAUCGAGAUCACCUGCCACGCCCUGGAGUCUGCUUCGAUGAUAGCGACUUGCUAUCGGUUCAACAAAUGGCAAUCGUGUAAUUCUUCAGUUUUACCAAACACCACGGCCGAACUCACAUGCCGCCGUGCUUACAAGGAGGAUGGGAGUCUUCUGAACGCUGGCAGGAAAACUGUGACGUGUAGUACGGAUGGCAAGUGGGAACCCCGACCGAUCACCUGCCUUCCGGUGUGCGGAAUAGCAAAUGUCCAAUUGACCCCGACCAUUCUGAACGGUAGCCCCGCUGACAUCGUAGACUUUCCGUGGCAUGCGACGCUGUACAGACAAGAAAGGCCCCCUCAGGGUACCAAGGAGUUUAAGUGCGGAGCAACGAUAGUUCAGAACAACAUCCUACUGACCGCCGCCCAUUGCGUUUAUGACGAGAGAUUUUACGUGGUUGAGAAACCUGAAAGAUUCCACGUGCUUACCGGAAACAAGUUUCGCGAUUAUGAUUUUCCUUAUCACGAUCCACGGAUCGUUCGAAAGGCUGCGGUCAAAAGCAUUCAUGUUCCUUGCGAGUAUUCUGGCUUGGAUGGUAAUUAUGGCUCCGACGUCGCGAUCCUCGAGUUAGAGAAGCCGUUUCGGCUGUCUGACAUCUUAAUGCCGGCUUGUAUGGAUGUCCUGGGUAACAACGAGCAGCUGCUGGAAUCUGGCUCGGUCGGAAGAUUUGCCGGAUUUGGUAGAACGGAAUCCGGCACGUCAAGCGGAAUUCUCUUGACUACAAACGUCGCCUACGUAUCGUAUAGGAAGUGUAAAAUGUCAGACGGAAGCAAGGACAACGUAGGGCUUAUAUCGAACGACAAGUUUUGUGGCGAAGGACAGAAUGGGAUGGCCGUUUGCCAAGGAGACAGCGGUGGCGGCCUGGUAUUUGACGGCGACGGAAGGUGGCACCUUAUGGGAAUUUUAAGCGCAAAUUUAGGGGUGAACAUAUCUAACGGAGAAAAAACCUGCGACAGCAACGCUUACUCCCUUUACACCAAGGUUUCCUCUCACGUGCCGUGGAUAUCGAAGUACAACGCAUACUGUGACACCCUGACUGUCGCGCACUCAGACGUCAGUGCUGGAUACCAAUUGUCUCAAAAAUAUUUCAUAGCCUAUGUGAUUCGGAGCCAAGCUUACAAGCAAUUGGCAAAUUGA